AUGGGGUAUAAAAGGCACCAGUUGCCAACAGAAAACACACUCCUCACAAUGGAGCUUCUGGUUCUCAUCUUUACUCUACUAGUCGGUGCGUCUGCAAAGCCCCAGGGCUAUGAUUUGGCCCCGCCUUCCGGUCCAUCUCUGCUCCCACGAAGAUGUAGUACCGGACAGGUAUUGCAUGUGGACGGCAGAUGCGUAACUCCGCGAGAAAACCGUCGUGUCUUCUUGUAUGAUGUACCAAAAACUCCAACUCCUUCAGGUCCUCCACCUUUUAUUCCUGCACCAACCGUGGAGAAAAAUCUUUUGUUCAUCCGAACUCCCGAAGGAGGAGUAGGACCAGAUCCCAUCAUUGUUCCUCCACCACGCCAGGAACAUGUCGUGUACAUCCUCAAUAAACAGUCUGAUGAGGGCCAAAAGGUGAUUCAGGUUCCAGCACCACCGCCGUCUGAUCCUGAAGUUUACUUUGUCAAUUACGCAGAAGGAGAGAACCCAACCCUUCCCAGCGGAGUGGAUCUGCAGACUGCUUUGAAUGCUGCUUCUGAGACAAGCGGCAAUGGGUUUGGAAGUAUCACCAGUACUGGAAGCAGUAAUGGUUUCGGAAGCAUUAAUGGGUUCGCAGGUACCAGUGGUGUAAGCAGCAAUGGUUUUGGUAGUACUAACGGCUUUGGAAAUACUAAUGGAAUUUCCAGCAUCAGUGCUCUGACUAGUGAAUUUGCAGGCAAUAAUGGUUUGAGCAGUAAUGGUUUCGGGAGUAACAUUGGUUUCGGAGGUAGUAAUGGUUUCGGAAGUAGCAACGGUUUGGGAAGCAGCAAUGGUUUCGAGAGUACCACUGGUCUUGGCGCCAUCGGUUUGGGUGGCAGCAGCGUCAGCAAACUUUCAGCCAAUGGACAAGUUUCCUCACCGUCACGUCUGUACAGAGCACCCUAA